ACACAGAUCUGACAUGGAAGUGGCCCUUUUGCAAGGAUUGCUGGGAAGAAGAAGUGCACACGGAUUUGGACUUUGAGGAGAGAUAUAGCUGCUGUGAAGAGAGGCUCUUCGUACCUGAGACGACACUAUUUCCUUUGGACACUGCAACGCCAACGUUUCUGUUUUUUUGCCAUGGCUGACAUCGACAUCUUAGAGGACCAAGACAAGCUGAAGCGAGGCCUGGUGAGGGUGCUGGAGUGUGUAGCUACCAUCUCAUCAGCAGCUGCUGUGGUGAAUCCCAUCUUUGGUGUUGCUGGCUCACUGAUCCGUGUCGUCCUCCACCACGUGGAUGAUGAGGAUAUUCAAACUCUUCGCCGUGAGUUUGGCAGUGUGAACAAAGCCCUGGAAAGUAUUUCAGAGCAGAACCGUGGUGUGUUGUGUCUGAUCCAGAAGGAGACGUUGGACAAGCAGUACAGCGGCGUAGAGGUGAACUUGCGAAACCAGUUCCGUAUGUUCAUGAAGGUGGUGGAGGCACGGCCCGAGUACAAGAAGAGCAGGUGUGAUGAAUUUGAGGAAAGCUAUGCCAACGACAUGGGCGACCAAAACCUUCACACACUCUAUGAUGGUGUCAUGGGCAAAUCCAAGCUCUUCAGCCGGCCCAUCCUCCAGGUCUACAUGACUUACUCAAAAGGAGAUCGUGGGGUGAUGGAGCGCCUCUGCACACAUCUCACCUACCUGUUCUGCAUCGGCCUUAUCGCUCUGAUGGGUUACGCUGCCAUCAUCGGUGAUGAUGAGGAAGGUCUGAUCGAGGAGUGGAGCAAGAACAUGGAAGAUGUACAAGAGAAGAUGCAGGAGGCUCUCGGGAGGUGCAAGUGAUUCCUUUCCCCAGACACACACACACACACACACACACAAAUAUAUAUGCUUCUGUAAAGGUCUUUGUGUCUUUUUGGUGCCUCACUUGUCCACCACUAAUGUCUAAAUACAAUUUCUCUUUGAGAUUCAGUUGUUUUAAAAACAUUUUUUGGAGAAGUAAAAACCAAACCAACACUAUUUUCAGUACAGUAUACAGGUGGGUGUGGCCCACCCUUGGGUUUAUAGCCAUUUAAACUCUACAGCCCCAAUAUUUCAUUUAGUUUAUUAUUCAAUAUCCUGAACAGAUUCCUGCCUUUACCAUAUAAUGUUGCACUUUCAGCUUUAUGGUUAGUCUGAAGGUGCCAGAGGCUAUAGCUGAUUCUACAUUCUACAUAAACCGUGUGUGUGUGUGUGUGUGUGUGUGUGUGUGUGUGUGUGUGUGUGUGUGUGUGUGUGUGUGUGGUUCAUGGUAUUGUCACAUUCACCCCCCAGUUAUUUUCAUAAUUCAGUCAUUCUGCAGCACUUCCUGCACUUUGGGAGGUUCUCCUACAGUAUCAAAAGCAUCUAAAACAAAGAAUGUUGCAUAUUUUGUGUUGUGAAGACUAACGUCUUUAUUUUUUUAUUACUGGAACCCUACUUGGGUUUAAAACUUUGGAUUCAAACAUGGAUUAAUGAGGAAUGCAUACAUAACUAACACUACAUACCCAUGACUUAACUGCAUACCUUCACUCAUAUUACUGUAACAUGUAAAACACUAAAGACCAACCUAAGCUUUAUGAAAAUAUCCCUACAAACAUCCCAAAUUCAUCGUCAUCUACUUCUAUAAUCCGACCUGCAAUCUGAUCAAAUUAGCAUUGCAUUAUAUAUAUAUAUAUAUA